AUGCAGUUGUUGAAAUUUUUCCAACCUUUGGGAAUUAUAUUGAUAUUCAAUAUAGCCUUCAGCGAUGCCGUCAUCUUCAAGUUUUCGAAUUUUGUAUGCAAGAGUCACAACGAAUCUUGGUUUAUUUUCCAUAAUUGCCGUCUGAAAGCUGUCAGUAGAGAAAGGAUACUCCUCAAUAUGAAUGGAACUAUACUGUAUGCUGCUCAUAGUAUUCAAGUUCAUAUCAAGAUGUGGAAAAGAGCGAACGGAUUCAAGCCCUUUCUAUUGGACUCUACCGUUGAUGCGUGCCGAUUUUUGAAAUCUUCCUACGAUCCUUUUGCAAAAAUAGUCUAUAAUAUCUUCAAGGACUUUUCAAAUAUUAAUCACACUUGUCCAUAUGUGGGACCGCAAAUUGUCACAGACUUCUACCUCAGGCCGGAACUACUACUUUUGCCCUUUCCUUCCGGCGAGUUUUUGCUCUCCAUGCAGUGGUAUUUUUAUAAAAAGCCCCAGUUCGAUACGAAUGUUACUUUUAUCUUCAUGGAGGACCUCUUGAAAAGAAACUAGGGACCUUGAUAGUCCUCU